AUGAAUUUGGUCAUCACCACGCCCACUUACAUCAUCGUCACAUUGGUAAAAACGUCCACAGAGACUAGCUCGUCAUGGGUUGAUGAGUAUGAGAAGGACACAGAGAGAGAAGGCAAUGGUGGAUUUUGGGGUAGACUAGAACAGGAGUGGGAGGAGCUAGUUCGAAAUGAAUCAUCACCUCAUCCAUGGUUAUCUGAGUUUAAACAAAAUCAAGAUUAUAAAUUUACAGAAGAUAAUCCAAUGAAGAAUGUCGAGAAUCCUUUUGAAAAAGGAUUAGAACGACUAAAACAAGGGGACCUUCCCACGGCCGUUUUACUCUUUGAGGUUGCUGUUCAACAAAACCCAGAUAGUGUCGAAGCUUGGCAAUAUUUAGGGACAACACAAGCUGACAAUGCAGAAAUAGCUGCUAUUACUGCAUUAGAAAAAUGUCUUCAAUUAGAUCCUGCAAAUUUGCCUGCCAUAAUGGCAUUGGCUGUUAGCUAUACAAACGAAGAAGAGCACAAAGAAGUCGUAGAUCUUUAUCUCAAAGCAGCCCAGCUGUUUCCAGACGCAAUGGAUUCAGAUGUACAAAUUGGUCUUGGUGUACUAUUUAAUCUAUCCAAUGAGUAUGACAAAGCAGUUGAUUGUUUUACAGCUGCUCUUCAAGGUCCUGAUGAUGCAAUGUUAUGGAAUAAACUAGGAGCUACAUUAGCUAAUGGUAAUAAAAAGGAAGAAGCUAUACACGCAUAUAGACAAGCUUUACAACAUACUCCGGGAUUUACAAGAAGUCGAUAUAAUUUAGGAAUUAGUUGUAUCAAUUUAGGAGCUCAUAGGGAAGCUGUAGAGCACUUUUUAACUGCUUUAGACCUUCAACGCCAGGCUGACAUACCCCUGGUCAAGGUACAAAUGUCUGAAGGAAUAUGGUCAACACUUCGAUUAGCUUUGCUAUAUUUGGGAAGGCAUGAUAUAUUAAAUUAUGUUGAUCAAAGAGAUCUAGAUAAGUUACUUCAAGAAUUUAAACAACAUGGUUCUGCAACCAUAUCACUCAAGUCGUUCUUUUACUAA